AUGACCGGCGUGGUUGAGCGACAGGAUGCCGUCACAACAAGCUUGUCGCCCAUCGAAAGUCAAUCUUCCAUGGGCCUAUUAACCAAUCCGCUCCGUACCCGGCAGGGGCGGACGUCAAGACUUCCCCGCUACGAGAAACUCCAUAAGGAGCGCCUCUCCGACGAUGAGGACUAUUAUCCCUCCGACGACACGUCAGAUGACUCGGAUGAGUCCUCACCGAGCAGUGGGGGCUCAAGGAAUACAUCGUCAUCCCGGUCCAGCACCGCCGCCAUGCUUCCCAAACGAACCCUCGCUCCGCCUCGCCGACCUGCCAGGAUACAAUUCUAUCGGCUGCCCAACAAGAUCGUUCGACUGCUCUGCCUGGGCCUAAUAGCAUUCAUCGCUCUCAUGAUUACAGUUCUCGUCCGCGCCAGCCUGAACGAGAAUCAAAGAUUAGCCGAAGGCAGGAUCCAAAAAGCACCCGAGCCGCCACCUGUAUGGGAGACGUUCCGGUUCCUCACGAGGUACUACGGCGGUAUUAGGAGUCUAGUCCCUUUCUCGGAAGUUGUUCCUCAGUAUCCCCGCGCUCAGGAUGAGCUACCCCUGGACGAGCUCGACUUCAACACUAUCAUGACUAACUCUUCGGAAGACGGUGUGGACGACGCUGUCAAGAGGGCCUUGCUCGAAAGCAAGCCGUUCCACGAACAUCCCCGCUCCAUAUUCGCGACCCAACGCGAGGACAUCCACGAGUGCUUCAUGGACCGUCACAACAGGGUCCGUGUCCCGCCUAUUCGGUACUACGAGGGCCGGCCCCAGGGUUUCCCCGAGCACAUUCUCGGCUCGUACAAUCUGCUUGAUUUGCCUGAGGACAUUUGCUACGAGCGGUACGGUAGAUACGGACCCUACGGCUUGGGCUAUUCCGUUCGCUCUGGUGGCCUGGGAGUCGGAGAAUACGGCGAGAUGGAGGGCUCCCAGACCGUCUGGGAGGAGGACGGGAAAGUGAGCUUUGCCAAGGUCGAUUGGGCAGACGCCCAACGACGAUGUUAUCAGGCCAAUGCAGCCCGCUAUAAGCCCUUGCCAGCAAGGACGCCCUCGACAAGGGGGUUCUAUAUUGACGACGGAGCCAAUAGCGCCGACAGCGCGGCUGCUGUGGACACCACCACUCCCGUUGCGCGGUCGAACUCUUCGGCUCAUUCUCAGCGCAAAUCUACCGAGGAGGAUACAGCCCAGGAAGAGAAGCUCUCUCGCACGGCGGUUGUGAUUCGGGCCUGGGACGAAUACUCGUUCCGCGAGGAGGACAUCAUGAACAUCCGAUCCAUCAUCUCGGAACUCUCUCUGGCUUCCGGUGGUCGCUACGAUGUCCACCUGUUGGUCGAGGUGAAGGACGACGCAAGCAACCCAAUCUGGGCCGACCACGAAGCAUACCAGAAGCGCAUCAAGGACAGUUUCCCGGAGGAAUUCCGAGGUCUCGUGACGCUGUGGACGCAAACCCAGAUGUUAUCCCUCUACCAAGGCAUCUACGACCUGUUCAGCAUAGGGCCCGACCGACCAGUCCACGGCGCGUACCGCGGGCUGUCCAUGGCGAUGCAGUACUUCUCGUAUCGGCAUCCCGAGUAUGACUACUACUGGUCCUGGGAGAUGGACGCUCGUUACACGGGACAUUAUUACGAUUUAUUCUCCAAGCUGGAGAACUGGGCUCGGGAGCAGCCGCGAAAGGGACUCUGGGAACGCAACGCCCGUUACUAUAUCCCCAGUGUGCAUGGCUCAUGGGAGGACUUCCGGCAGAUGACACGCGUGCAAGUGGAGAUGGGACAGGCAGCCCCGGACAACGUUUGGAGCGAGAUCCACGGACCCAGACGCGGCGAGGCCCCCAAAAUAGAGAAGUCCAUCUGGGGACCGGAGCGGCCUAAGAGCGAAGACGACCUGUUUAUGACGGAGAACGAUCCCGAACCUCCCACAAGCAUGGACAAGGACAAGUAUCAGUGGGGGGUUGGUGAAGAAGCCGACCUCAUCGCACUGAACCCCAUCUUCGAUCCUGAAGGGACGACCUGGUCCCUCGGCGAGGACAUCACGGGGUACAACAACAACAAUCGUUCCGAAGCUCUCCCUCCUCGCCGGGCCCACAUCAUCACAGCCUCUCGCCUCUCCCGCAGGCUCCUCAUGACGAUGCACCGCGAGACGGCCUACAAGAAACACUUCGCCUUCCCCGAGAUGUGGCCCGCCACCACCGCCCUCCACCACGGCUACAAGGCUGUCUUCGCCCCCCACCCGCAGUACCUGGACCGGGAGUGGCCGACCGAGUACUUCGCCCAGGUGCUCAACGGCGGCAAGAACGGCGCCAGCGGCGGCGCGCGCACGUCAGUCUUCGGCCAGCGCGAGCACAACCUCCGCGGCCUCACCUGGUUCUACAACUCGGGCUUCGGCCCCAACCUGUACCGCCGCUGGCUCGGCCUCAAGGUCAACAAUGACGGCGGCGAGGAGUUCGAGCUCGUGGAGGACCCCAGCAAGGACGGGAAGACGGUCGGCGGCCUCCGUGGCGGCGAGGGGCGGAUGUGCCUGCCCCCCAUGCUCAUCCAUCCCGUUAAGGAUGUCGAGCUCCCUGUCGAGGAGGAGGUUAAAAAGGUGGAGAUACCCGAGUCGGAUCCGAACGCGUGAGUGAAGAUGAGGAACAUCCAACAUGAUAUUGGUUUUGGCAAAGGCGUACAGGGCGUUGGUGUUUUUAUGUUUCCGGAUACCACUCAUGUGUCGCGGGAUAUAUGCGGGCAGGGGUUAGUUUGGCAAUAUUUCUCGCCAUUAUAUAUCAUGCAAUGGGCGUAGGACCAGGGUCGC